UAACAAACGAUAAAACUUGGUAGCAUUUUUUACGAUGACGUUAGGCGGCCAUAUUGCUCUUUCUUUCUUUUUCUGACCACGUUCCCUGCGAGUUCGUAUGAAAUAAAUAUGAGCCUCACAAUUUCCAAAAAACGCAAGUUUGUUGCCGAUGGCAUGUUCAAGGCUGAAUUGAACGAGUUCUUGACUCGUGAACUCGCCGAGGAUGGUUACUCCGGUGUUGAGGUACGUGUGACCCCCGCCCGUACCGAAAUCAUCAUCAUGGCCACCAAGACCCAACAAGUUUUGGGUGAAAAGGGUCGUCGCAUCCGUGAAUUGACCGCUAUGGUCCAAAAACGUUUCAACUUCGAACCUGGCCGUAUUGAAUUGUACGCUGAAAAGGUCGCCACCCGUGGUUUGUGCGCCAUCGCCCAGGCUGAAUCUCUCCGUUACAAGUUGACCGGUGGUUUGGCUGUCCGUCGUGCCUGCUAUGGUGUCUUGCGUUUCAUCAUGGAAUCCGGUGCCAAGGGCUGUGAAGUCGUCGUUUCCGGUAAAUUGCGCGGUCAACGUGCCAAGUCCAUGAAAUUCGUUGAUGGUCUUAUGAUCCACUCUGGUGAUCCAUGCAACGAUUACGUUGAAACCGCCACCCGUCACGUCUUGUUGCGUCAAGGUGUCUUGGGUAUCAAGGUCAAGAUUAUGUUGCCUUAUGAUCCUAAGAACAAGAUCGGUCCCAAGAAGCCAUUGCCCGACAACGUUUCUGUUGUUGAACCUAAAGAAGAGAAGAUCUAUGAAACACCCGAAACAGAAUACAAAAUGCCUGUUGCUGCUCGCGUGCCCAUCGGUGAUGAAGCUCCUGCUUAUUAAGAAAAACAUCCAUACAAGCUAUUAGUUGUAUGUAAAAUGU